UCCCAGUGUGCCUUCAUGUUGCCCAUUUCCUUCCCUGCACUGAUCCUGUUUGCUUGCUGCUUAACCAAAGGAAACUGCAUCUCCUAUGAUGAGCUGAAAGAGCUGAAGACUGAAUUUGCUAUCAAUCUCUACCGGCAUGUGUCCGAAGCAGAGAACAGAACCAAUGUGGUAGUCUCUCCAGCAAGCGUGGCUGUCUCCUUGGAGCUGCUGCAGUUUGGAGCUCAAGGAAAUACCUUUAUGGAGCUGCGGGAUGCCCUAGGAUACAACAUUCACGAUCAAAGUGUGCAGGAUUUCUUGCAUGCAGUGUACGAAGGAGUGUCCGACUCCAGCCAAGGCACCGUGGUUCAGCUGGCAUGUUCCUUCUUUGUGGACGCCGGCGUGCAGCUUUUGCCCCACUUCACUGCACAUGCUGCACGCUGGGCAAACAGCAGCCUGCAGCAAACCAACUUCACUGACCCCAACAGAACCGCAGCCCAAAUACAGGAAUGGAUCACCGGUAACCUUGGAGAUGGGGAUGUGCUUGGCAUGCUGUUGGAGAACGUUGGGUCACCGCUUAGCCAGGUCGCCUUGGUGAGCACCAUGUACUUCAAAAGCACGUGGCAAAAGAAGUUUUCCUUUUUGGAUACCCAGAUGUUGCCUUUCACCACAGCAGAGGGCUCAACCCUGAAAGUGCCCACAAUGCAUCACACAGCUGAAGUUAACUACGGCCAGUUCCAGACUGCAGCUCUAGAGGCUUUCAGCGUGGUUGAGUUACCCUACCUGGGGGAGAAACUCAGCAUGUUCCUAGUGCUUCCCAGCCACAAAAGAACAUCUUUGUCCCAGAUUGAGUCUCACCUUUCUGCCAAAACCAUAACCCUCUGGGCCAACAGCUUAAAGAGAAUGAAGAUGGACAUUUUUCUGCCUAGGUUCAGUAUUCAAAGCCUUUUUGACCUAAAGACAGUUUUUUCUGCCUUGGGAAUUAGAGAUGCAUUUGAUCCCAUCACUGCUAAUUUUAAAGGCAUUUCAGAGCAAGACAGUCUUUAUAUUUCAGAAGCUAUUCACAAAGCAGAGAUUGAAAUAACAGAAGAUGGUACGAAGGCAUCAGGAGCUACAGUAAUGGUAUUACUAAAAAGAUCUCGAACACCUAUUUUCAAAGCAGACAGACCUUUCACAUUUUUCCUGAGACAAGCUAAUACAGGUUCAGUACUCUUUAUAGGAAGAGUUACAAACCCUUCAUAAUAAACAUUAGAGCAAUACACUGUCUUCUAUUCCUCCUAUGGUGAACUUUCCUUCAAUGAAAUUAAAGGCUACAUUAUGUGUAUUUAUUAAAACACUGUUUUAAACAACAUCACUUUUGCAAGAAUACAAGUAAGGAAGCCCUCCGCUCUCUUACUACAUUGUAUACACUGUUGGAAACUUACAGCUCUCUAGGAAUCAUGAGCACCACAACCACAAAGACAGUAAGCAUAUAAACAUUUGAGGAAAAAAAACAGAUUUUGCCACCUAAAUGUUUAAGAAUAUGGACCAACAGCUUCUGCUUAACUUCAUCAAGGCUAAAGUCAGUUUGACUGAUGCCAAGCAUCCCACAAGAAAGCUUUGUGAUACAUGUUAUUUUUCAAGCACAACUUUACUUCCCUGUCCUGAAGUCAAAAACUUAAGAACACAACUGAAAUUCAGUCUGGUCCCAGAUUCAGAUACAAUCCAGCUGAGAACAUAAAAUAACAAGCAAACAGCAAAAUGCUUUUAAAAGGAAAUCAAAUUGAGAGGCUGUUUCAAAACUGAUGGAACAAAUAGGAUGCAGAAAUACCUGCUCAGUGACCAAACAUUAUUGCCAAGAGGUAGUAGCACAACCUUUACUACCUUUUAUUUUACUUUAAGUGAACACAAUAUAGAAUGGACAAUUCCUGAAGAACACUGAAUGAGGCUAAAAGCAUCCAGAAAAACGCUUUCCUUCAGCACCCUGACAAAAGUUGGGAUACAGCGAGUUUUUAGUACAAGAUUCAGCAACUCAUCACACAAGCACCAGUAACUCAGGCCCAUAAAGAUUUUGGGUGAGGACUGCAAGCCACCAACUCCUAGGAAAAGCACCAGAGGGGAGCUGCUCCCACUGAAUCAAAGUUUUCCAGAAGUUACAAGUAUCUAGUACAGAUGAAAGACAUGGCUAAUAAAGAAUUCAGUAAUACUUUGUGUCCACGCAGCAGCGCCUUCUGGCUGUUCCCGCAUUUGUAAACAUGUAAAAAACAGCACACAAAAACUUUGGUCAGCUUUCCUCAAAGGCUGCUGACCUCUGCUUCUUACUAUACUGUAUCCUCAUAAAACCAGGGGUUUGCCAUUGCUGUGGAUGUGCAUAUAGGACACCAGUCUAUCAUGCUAGUCACCAGAUGAAGUACAACGUACACAAGGCCACGAGGUAUCAUUCUACCACAGAUGUGAUUCAGUAUUAGUUUCCUUUCACUU